GGGAAGAGUAUAUUAAUAAGAAUCAGAACCUUAAAGUUGAAUUAAGUGCUUACUCGCGGACUAUUAAACAUUGAAUAACCACCUCAUUCGUCAGAGAAUUAUCAAUUAUCAUGACUAAAACAGAAAUGAGUUCGCAACAGUGGAAGGAAAAGGGUAAUGAGGCGUUCAAAAACGGUGAAUGGAAAGAAGCGGAGAACUGCUAUAGUAAUGCGAUAUCCUUGGCUGAGCAGUGCAGCUCUGAAAAAAGUAUUUGCCAUAAAAAUCGAGCGGCGGUAUACCUCAAGCAAAAAGAAUACCCCAAAGCAAUUCAGGAUUGCGACAAAGCUCUGGAAAUUUGUCCAAACGAUCCGAAAGCUCUAUUCCGAAGAUGCCAAGCCCUUGAUGCUAUGGAGAGAUAUGAAGAGGCAUAUAGAGACGCCAGGAAUCUGGUAACUGUCGACCCAUCAAACAAAACGAUACAGCCCAUCCUGGCAAGGCUUCAUGAAAUAGUUCAGGAAAGACUGAGGGUAAAUUCCCAAAUCAACACCAAAGUCUCGCAGAUGUUUAAUUUGGCCUUUGACCUGAAAACUGACACCAAAAACAGAGAAACUUCAAUGAACAACCUGCUGGUACUGGCCAGGGAAAAAGCGGGUGCUGAAGUAAUGUUCAAUGAAGGUGUUGUCAAAAAGAUUCACACCCUGCUAAAGGUGGAAAAAAACGACGAGAUAAACUUGGCCUGUGUUAGGAUAAUCGCUGAACUUUGCAAGGACAAUGUGGAUCGGACCAAAGCGGUUCUUCAAGAUGUGGGAAUACCUUGGUUUCUGGACAUAAUAAACAGCAGGAAGGAGGAAAGGGUAAAUGCUGCACAACACUGUAUGCAAGUUGUACUAAACAGCUUCAGCGGCAUGGACAAUAAACCAGAUACGAAACCAAACAAGGAGCUCUGCGAGAAGUACAAGAAGGAGAUCGACACACUGCUGACAUGCCUCGUUUACAGCAUAACAAACAGGACGAUUACGGGUCUGGCGAGAGAUGCUAUAAUUGAACUGAUCAUGCGGAAUAUACACUACACAACUCUUAGCUGGGCGGAGCAGCUCAUCGAGAUCCGGGGCCUUCAGCGGCUGAUGGAAGUUGCCAGUGAGCUCGAGGAGUACAAGUACGAAUCGGCAAUGGAAAUAACAUCGUCAACCCGUACAAUCACCUCCGUUUGUCUGGCUCGCGUCUAUGAAAACAUGUACUACGACGCUGCGAAGGCAAAGUUCAUGAACGCCAUAGACGAAUUCAUUAAAGACAAGCUAAUCACUCCAGACAUUGAGUCCAAAGUGAGAGUCGUUGUCGCUAUAACUUGUCUGCUGCUUGGUCCGCUUGACGUUGGUAAUACGGUGAUAGCGAAGGAGGGGAUAAUGGAGAUGAUAUUGGUGAUGGCUGGAACAGACGACAUUCUUCAGCAGAAAGUCGCCUGCGAGUGCAUCAUUGCCGCGGCUUCUAAGAAGGACAAAGCUGUUGCAAUAAUAAAUCAGGGUAUAAACAUACUCAAGAAACUGUACACUUCCAAAGACGAUUCUAUAAAAGUACGAGCUCUUGUCGGACUCUGUAAGCUGGGAAGUUCUGGCGGUUCUGACGCGACAAUUAGACCAUUCGCCGACGGGUCGACGAAAAAACUGGCUGAAGCCUGUAGGCGGUUUCUGGUUAAUCCAGCAAAGCAGAAAGAUAUGAGGAAAUGGGCAGUCGAGGGGCUUUCGUACCUGACUUUUGACGCCGAAGUCAAGGAGAAAUUAGUCAGCGACAAACCUGCGAUAAAAGCAAUGAUAGAGUUGGCACAAACUGGGGAUCAAUCCGUCAUCUAUGGCGUUGUGACAACUCUUGUCAAUCUCUGCAAUGCUUACGACAAGCAGGAAAUAAUCCCGGAAAUGCUGGAGCUUGCCAAGUUUGCAAAACAUCACAUUCCCGAGGAUCACGAACUUGAUGACGAGGACUUCGUCAAUAAUCGACUGAUCAUUCUGGCCAAGGAAGGUGUCACUACAGCACUGGUCAGCCUCUCCAAAACUGAGAGCCACAAUAGCAGGGAAUUGAUAUGCCGGGUGUUCAACGCGAUCUGCAGCCAAGUCGAGCUCAGAGGAAUUGUCGUUCAGCAGGGAGGUGCUAAAGCGCUCUUGCCCAUGGCGUUGGAAGGAACAGCAAAGGGGAAGAAACAGGCGGCUCAAGCUCUCGCACGGAUCGGAAUAACGAUCAAUCCAGAAGUGGCAUUUCCAGGGCAGCGAAUAAUGGAAGUUAUCAGGCCAUUCCUCGCUCUAUUGGAACAGGAAUGCUCCGCAUUGGAGAACUUCGAGGCGCUCAUGGCGCUCUGCAAUCUUGCCGGAACCAGCGAGAGCGUCAGAUGCAGGAUUUUCAAGGAGGGGGGAUUUCAGAAGAUCGAACACUACGCCUACGAGGAUCACGUGAUGCUGACUCGUGCCGCUACUCAAGUCAUCACCAACCUUAUGAUGUCUCCAGAGGUGCUCAAGUUUUACGAAGGCGACAAUGACAGGGUCAAGUAUCUCGUAAUUUUGUGCGAAGAUGAGGACGAGCAGACCAGUAUGGCUGCUGCUGGUGCUCUGGCAAUGCUGACCGCAAACAGCACCAAAGCUUGCGCUAAGAUAUUCGACUCGAAAAAUUGGCUCGAGUCUAUUCACUACCUUCUGGCUAAUCCAAACAAGAGUAUCCAGCACAGAGGCGUUGUUGUGGUGCUUAAUAUGAUAUCCAGCACCAAGGAUGUCGCCGCUAAAUUAAUUGAGACUGACGUCAUGGAGAUUUUAAUGGCGCUGACUAAAACCGAGGCCGUUGAGGACAAGACGAUACGGGAAUUAGCCGCUAAGGCUUUGGAAACUGCUGCCAAGUGGGAAUUGAUUAAGAAAAACAUUGAAGACCUUCAAGGCGUCAGUAAUAUCAAUCUGGAUGAUUCUGCCGCUGUCGAAUAGUCUGCACUUUAUACAAAGUCUUUGUGUUAAAGCUAUUUUACACAUGUUUCGUUACUUACCAGAUCACGAUUCAUGAUUACUUGCUAAUCAGUCUUCAAUUUGCCCAGAUAUUAUCAUUACGACACAAAAAAAGUUCCUGUAUUUUAUUUCUCUAUAUCCAUACAUGCAUUUGUUUUUAUUUUCGUGGGAACUGUGUGACGUUUUCUUACAUCAGAAAUUAUUUUAGUUAUUAUUGAUAUCACAACAUUUUCAUACAUCAUCAUUCAUUGUUCUGAAGAUUCUAGAUGAACGCACUCAAGUACUUAAAAAUAUUUUUGGCACUAGAUAAUGUUCAAUCAUUUUGAUUUAUACUUAAGAAUUCUAUAAGUUCAUUCUUACUUACACUGUAACAUAGUAUUAAUGCACUUGGAUAUUGGCAAGUUAAAAUUUUGUAAUUUAAAUUGUUGGAAAAAAUUUGUACAGUAUUUAUUUCGAUAAUAUAUUAUAAUAAAAUAUAUUUAUACCUACUACACGACUAUUGUGUUUACCUGACGAGAUUGAGUUAUAGGAAUUGUCGAAAUAUCAAAAUUGAUAGUACAUUGCUAAAUAAUUUUCAACCAUUCAAUACAUCUCU